UCAUCUCCGAGACAUGCAGUCGUUUUCCACCGCGCACGAAGCACGAUGUCGCCCUCAAAAGCAUAUAUAUGUCAAGAAGUCCAAGACAUUCCGGGGGUGCUAAGGGGGUUUGGCUUAUUGGCCAAAGGGCCUGGGAAAGGGCCAUGCGACACGAGACACACACUCACCGGCGCCAUCCCAUUCCAGAUGGCCUCGAGAGGACCCGACGCCAUGUUGUCUCCUCGGUUCUGGCAGCGCUGCUCUGUCGCGGCCAAGACACUACAACGGGCCCUAAAGCGCAGCGAAUCAUUGAUGGGGGGGGGAAAAACGCACAUUUGCUUUUCUGGUUGUCGUUGUAAGCUUCUGAGGGCGCAGCGCAAGGAGAGCUCGAACAAUGGUAUGGUGUUUGGUGAUCGUCAAUCGCUAAGGGGAGCACCAUACGAUCAAACGACGACGUACCUGAUUGCGGGCGUCUGAUUCAUUAGUUCCGUCUUGUUUUUUGACAGACGGGACGGUGGGCCGCGGAGGGGAGACGCCUGUCUAGCUUGCUUUGGAUCGACAUACACCAUCAUCUGCUUCCCGCGUUGACAGCUCAACGCUGGCUGUGCGCUUGUCAACACGGUGGAUUGGCGCUCUUUCGACAUGUUUGCUUUUUCGUGCCUCGCUUACUUGCUCUCUCCCUUGCUCACUCUCUCUCUCCCCUUACCAGUGCAGCGACCUUGCCGAGGGAUCCCUCGGGAUCGUCUCGCAUGUGAUAAACCCGGGAAGCAUGGGAGGCAUUGGGCACGGAGAUGCUUCCCAUGAGAGAGAGAGAGAGAGAGAGAGAGAGAGAGAGAGAGAGAGAGAGAGAGA